AUGAGUAGACAUUCUAGUGCAUCUGAAUCUAGGAGAUCUGUUGCAUCACGAGCUUCAGAUUUAUCACUAUUAAAUGAUGAUGAAUGUAAACGUAUUUUGACAGUUCUUGAACGUGAUUUUAAUUUACGACAACAAGAACAUAAACGAUUAGAAGAAUUAAAAAAAACUAUUCGACAAGAAACUGAUCGUGUAGAAUAUUUAGCUGGUUCAAAAGAAUUUAAUCUUGAACGUUGCAUAAGAUGUUUUAAACCAUUUCGAUUUUUAUUAAAUCCGAGAAAAACUUGUUCGGAAUGUAAAUUAUUUGUUUGUCCAGAAUGUUCAACAUACACAUCAGAAACAAAAACAUGGGCAUGUAAAGCAUGUUCACAAUUAAAAGAACUCCGAGUUUUAACAUCGGAUUGGUUUUAUAAUCAAACAAGCUGUAAACAUAAACGAUGUGGUAGUUCAAGAGUAGUUCGUGAACUUCAUAAACGUGAAAAAGAGUUGGGUGAGUUUAAUUAA